AUGUACAGCAAGGAGAUUUGUCCCCUUAGCAAGGUCUCCCAAGCUGAGAAGGGGUCCGAUGGACUUCCACGAAAAAUGUUGGUGGUAGUUAUCCUUCUAGCUGUGAAUCUUCUGAAUUACAUGGAUCGCUUCACAGUUGCUGGAGUGCUUGGGCGACUUCAAGAUUACUUUCAUAUGAAUGAUAAACAAGCUGGUAUGCUUCAGACAGUUUUCGUCAUUUUCUACAUGUGCUUCGCUCCCAUCUGUGGCUAUCUUGGAGACCGUUACAAUCGAAAAUUUAUCAUAAUUGUUGGUAUGGUCAUAUGGAUUACCGCGGUUGCGCUGUCAACAUUGGUUGGACGCGAUCACUUUAACAUAUUCCUACUUUUACGUGGGAUAGUUGGUAUUGGCGAAGCCACAUACGCCACUGUCGCUCCAACUAUUAUUGGUGAUAUGUUUAGCGGGUCUAUGCGAAGUACUGCUCUUAUGAUUUUUUAUUUUGCUGUACCAGUAGGCAGUGGACUGGGAUUUAUUGGUGGCUCGGCAAUUUCUCUUUGGUCUGGAAGUUGGCAGUGGGGCGUGAGAUUUACUCCUCUUCUUGGCAUGAUCUUUUUCGUAUUCAUCAUUGUUGUGCUAGAAGAACCCAGGCGAGGUGAAGCUGAACAUGCUGAAGUCGAACAUAGCACCAUCUGGGAAGAUCUAAAAUAUUUGAUGAGUGUUAAAACCUACGUUUUGACAACUCUUGGCUUCACCUUUGUUGUGUUCUGUGUGGGUGCUGCGAGUUGGUGGCUUCCACAAAUGAUGACCUUCGCUUACGGAAUUCUACAUCAUUUGGAUGAUGUUCCGAAAGAUGAAGUUGCUCACAUUUCCGUCAUAUUUGGGGUGAUAACUUGUAGUGCUGGAAUAGUGGGCAUCGUUGCAGGUACUUCAUUAUCACAGGCUUGGAAAGAAGGCAAAUGGUGUUUUCGAGUUUCGCCCACAGCCGAUCCUUUCGUAUGUGCGGCUGGUUCUUUCCUAGCAACUCCACUUUUCUUUAUUACUUUGCUGGUAGCGAACCACUCACUCAAUUUCGCAUGGGCGCUCAUGUUCGUGGCGGUUACCAGUAUGUGCCUCAACUGGGCGUUGAAUAUGGACAUUCUCAUGCGUGUAAUUGUGCCAAAUCGCCGUGCUUCUGCUACCGCCAUUCAGACAUUGAUGGGGCAUUUAUUUGGUGACGCCUCUUCACCGUAUAUUGUCGGUUUCAUUUCCGAUACUAUUCGAGGUGAUGAAAGCUCUUCAGCUGCCAAGUAUUUUUCUUUGCAAGGAGCUAUGUUUCUUCCGAAUGUUGUCCUUGUGUUGAGUAUUGCUUGUUAUUUAUGGUCUACACUGCACAUUUUAUAUGAUGAACACCAAGCCAAAAUGGACAUGCAUGGUCAGAACUUACUUCCCAUUUCUGAAAUCCACUAG